CCCAAACAAGGAAAUGGUGGGGGAAUAAAACGACCAGAUUAUUUAAUUAAUGCAUGUAAUAAUUAAUAUUUUAUUUUAUUGUAAAUUAAGACGUAUUUAUGGGUUAAAAUGGAUUACGACUUCAAAACAAAGCUGGCGGCGGAGAGAGAGAGAGUAGAAGAUCUGUUCGAAUAUGAAGGUUGCAAAGUGGGUCGAGGCACCUACGGGCACGUUUAUAAAGCUAAGCGCAAAGACGGGAAAGAUGAAAAGGAGUAUGCACUGAAACAAAUAGAAGGCACUGGAAUAUCGAUGUCUGCCUGCAGGGAAAUCGCUCUGUUACGAGAAUUGAAACACCCGAAUGUGAUCGCCCUGCAGAAAGUGUUCCUGUCCCACAGUGACAGAAAGGUUUGGCUCCUCUUCGACUAUGCUGAACAUGACCUUUGGCACAUCAUAAAGUUCCACCGCGCCUCCAAGGCCAACAAGAAGCCCAUGCAGCUGCCCAGAGGGAUGGUGAAGUCUCUCCUGUAUCAGAUUCUGGAUGGGAUCCAUUACCUCCAUGCCAACUGGGUUCUCCACAGGGAUCUGAAACCAGCCAACAUCCUGGUGAUGGGGGAAGGUCCUGAACGAGGAAGAGUUAAAAUCGCUGACAUGGGUUUCGCCAGACUCUUCAACUCUCCCCUCAAGCCGCUGGCAGACCUUGAUCCUGUGGUGGUGACAUUCUGGUACAGGGCCCCUGAGCUGCUGCUGGGGGCCCGGCACUACACCAAAGCUAUCGAUAUCUGGGCGAUCGGCUGCAUCUUCGCAGAGCUGCUAACAUCAGAACCCAUCUUUCACUGUCGCCAGGAAGACAUCAAGACCAGUAAUCCCUUCCAUCAUGACCAGCUGGACAGGAUAUUCAGCGUCAUGGGUUUCCCCGCAGAUAAGGACUGGGAGGACAUUAGGAAGAUGCCAGAGUACCCCACACUGCAGAAAGAUUUCAGGAGGACAACGUAUGCAAACAGCAGCUUAAUCAAAUAUAUGGAGAAGCAUAAAGUCAAACCAGACAGCAAAGUUUUCCUGUUGCUCCAGAAACUCCUCACUAUGGACCCCACCAAAAGAAUCACAUCAGAGCAGGCACUGCAGGACCCCUACUUCCUGGAGGACCCGUUACCAACCACUGAUGUGUUUGCUGGGUGUCAGAUCCCCUACCCAAAACGAGAGUUUCUUAACGAAGACGAGCCGGAGGAGAAAACAGAAAAGAACCAGACCCAGCAGCACCAGCAGACGACAGGCCAGACUCAGGCCCAGAACCAGCAGCAGGCAGCAGCCCAGCAGGCCCCGUCCCAGCAGAGUUCAGCUCAAACCAACGGGACCUCCGGUGCCACGGGAGCCACCACAGGCGGGGGUUUACAACACGGCCAGGACCAGGGGCCUCCAAACAAGAAACCUCGUAUUGGGCCCUCUGGGGCCUCCUCAGGCACUGGGGUGCUCCAGUCAGAGUACCAGCACUCCGGCUCACGCCUUGGUUACCAAAGCAACGUCCAAGGUUCCACUCAGCCCCAGAGCACCAUGGGAUACUCGUCGUCAUCCCAGCAGAGCUCCCAGUACUCCCACCAGACCCACCGUUACUGAGGCUUCCCCCCGUCACUCCUGAACCAGCAGAGGAGUCAGCUCCUCCUCCAGAUGUCACCACAGGCCCUCGGCUCCAGCCAGGGCAUCGCUUCCUCAUCACGAUUGGACGCCAUUCCAACUCAACUCACUCAACCUUUUCAGUCCCCCCUCCCCUCCCCCAAAUUAUCACCUUUAACCUCUUACCUGACAGCAUUCUAAAGGGUGCUGUGACAUGAAGGCAAACAAACACAGGAACCAAAAAAAAGAGUUGUGCCUCCUCUGGCUGGUGAAACAUUUUGAAAGCAACUGAAAAUUAUGUAAGAUAGAUGUGAAGGCUCACACACACACACACACACACACACACACACACACACACACAGAACCAUGGCACUUACAAACACAACGUUCCUCACGAGGAACAAUCGCAGCUGUUUAUAUAUGUACAUUAUAUAGCACCUUUUUCUAUUUGACUUUUUUUCUCUCUCGCUUGUUUGUUAGAGUUUUCAAGUUUAACUUGAUAGUUGAUGUCAUUGUAAAUAUUGUUACAUAUGGAAGUGAAACACAAGAGGAAAAGCCCUUUACUAUCAUCAUCUCUAGCGUACUACGACCUCAGAUAAUCAAAAGAAAAGGAGUUUGACCCUGUCCUUUUAGGUAUAUAUAUAAGAAAAAGACAGUCAAUGUUUCUACACAGAAAAAGAAAAUCAGCUCUCCAGCUGAUGAGAUUGCAGGGAAAUAUAAAAUGCGCAAUUUAACUUAAUCUUCUUCUUAUAGGGUUUCUAUAUUUCGAUCUCUCUUUAUCUAGAUUUGAAUUUGGAACGUAAGAAAAGUAGUUGUCUUUUUACAACUCUAAAGUUGUGUAUAUUCUGAUUCACUCCGCUACCUGUAGAGAUAAGACGAAGAUGUUUCCUUCUCCUCCUCCUCCUCCAACGACGACGACAACAUUGUUUCCUGGAGGUUGGAAUGGACGCCUCUCAUUAGUGGCCAGCAGCUCCAGAAUGGGUUUCUUUUUGUUUUGUUUUGUUCUCUCCUUUUUUUCGGGAGCUGCUGGUGGACACUUGGCUGUGACACCCAUUGUGGACCCUCGAGACUUUCAAGGUAUCCUGAACACAAACGUGCGCAUUAAAACGUACAGGGCAGCUAACAGUAUGCCCCGCUCUUCCCCUUCUCCUCCUCCUCCUCCUCCUCACACCCUCCCAUAUGAGUUAUGAAACUGUUACUGCCUGAUGUCAGAUAGUUUUUUGUGUGUUUUUUUUUAAGGU